GUCUGGACUCUGCGCUAUUCCUCAGCAGCAGAGAAAGAAAAGAAAACCAGCACAACUCCAAAGUAAACUUUGAAGAGUUUGAAAAAGGAUUUGAAUCUUAAAACUGUUACUGUGCCCUGUAAGGUCCUGGUGUGGGGGACUUCAAAGGAGGAUGAUGGUCAAGGAAGCUUUGGCAAGAGUGCUUACAGCUGUGGGCUAUCUAGGAUCCGAGUAAAUAGCUCUACAGCUCUUCAGGAGAGAGGAGUCCUGAAUACUGUGCUGCUUUGAAGAGAUCACCGUUCUCAUCUGACAGGACACAUGGCUCUUUUAAAGAAAAUUAACCAGAUCUUACUGUUACUUCUUGUCUUAACUGUGUGCGCCAUUCUGUAUAACAAAGUUCACCAAGUGCCAUCUGCAUUAAAGAAUGAAACAGUUGAUUUGAAGAGUCCUGAGGAAGUGGAAGAAGAAAUCCCAGUCAUAAUCUGUGCUGCUGCAGGCAGAAUGGGUGCCACGAUAGCAGCAAUCAGCAGCAUCUACAGCAACACAGAGGCCAAUGUUUUGUUCUACAUAGUUGGGCUGAAGACCACCAUCCCACAUAUUCGAAAAUGGAUUGAAAAUUCUAAACUGAAAGAAAUAAAAUUUAAGGUUGUUGAAUUCAACCCCAUGGUACUAAAAGGAAAGAUCAGGCAAGAUGCAUCACGUCCUGAGCUACUGCAGCCUCUGAACUUCGUGCGAUUUUAUCUUCCUUUGCUUAUCCAGAAACAUGAGAAAGUAGUAUAUUUGGAUGAUGAUAUCAUUGUUCAAGGUGACAUCCAGGAGCUCUACAACACCAAGUUAGCUCCUGGACACGCUGCUGCUUUUUCAGACGAUUGUGAUCUGCCUUCUACACAGGAAAUGGUUAGAAGUGUAGGGAUGCAGAACACGUACAUGGGAUUCCUGGACUACAGAAAGCAAGCAAUUAGAGACCUUGGCAUCAGCCCCAGCACCUGCUCAUUUAAUCCUGGAGUAAUUGUUGCUAACAUGACCGAAUGGAAACAUCAACGGAUUACAAAGCAGUUGGAAAAAUGGAUGCAAAGAAAUGUAGAGGAAAACCUCUACAGCAGCACCCUCGGGGGAGGCGUGGCAACCCCUCCAAUGCUGAUUGUAUUUCAUGGAAAGCAUUCUGCUAUCAAUCCUAUGUGGCACGUAAGGCAUCUUG